AUGGGUGCAAUUGGAGGGUUCGCGCAUCCUAUAGCAAGCGAAGACAGCUUUGGGAAAUUACAAACUUUUAGAUCACUUGGCCGUGAGAUGAGUGCUCCUCAUGCAUACCAUGUUUAUUGCAUUAGACAUAUCUCGGCCAAUUUCAUGCGUCGUUUCAGAAACAAAGAAAUGCAACGGAUAGUUGUCAAUAUUGGUUAUUCGAAAACCAUUCAAGAUUUUAACUACUGGUAUGGUUUACUACAGGACAACGAUGAAGAGGCGACGAGAUGGUUGGAUAACAUACCGCGGGAGAAGUGGGCUCAAGCGUUCGAUAAAGAAGGGAGAAGAUAUGGUCACAUGACAACCAACCUCGCAGAAUGUGUUAAUUCAGUGCUUAAGGGAACAAGAAACCUUCCUAUAACAGCUAUGGUUAAAUCAACGUACUUCCGACUUGCGGAGUUAUUUGUGAGGAAAGGUGUGCAGGCGCAAGCUCAGAUCGCAUCAAGCCUUAUCUUCUCAGAAUCACUAAUGAAGGUAAUCCAAGAAAAUCAACAAGCAGCGUCCAGCAUUUACGUUCGUCAAUUUGACCAUGAAGAGAAGUCAUUCAUGAUGCUGCAUUUUCCAUGUCGACAUGUCCUUGCAGCAUGCUCGCAUAUUCAUCUACAUUGGGAGGAGUAUGUUGACAACGUGUAUAGGCUUCAAACAGUUUUUAAUGUAUAUCGUAAAGAGUUUGAGCCAGUAUCAAAUGAGAGAUAUUGGAACCCAUAUAAUGGUCCACGUCUACAUCCUAAUAUUACGAUGAGAAGACCGACGAAAGGAAGACCAAAAUCUACAAGGAUUCGUAACGAGAUGGAUAUUAGGGAAGAUGUUCAACGAAAACGUUGUGGUUUAUGUCGCAACGAAGGACAUAGUCGCUGA